AUGAAGGCCAUUGGGGAUCAGGUGGUGGAGGAGGAAGUCAGUUUCCAGGAUGACGAGGAGUCAUUCUUCCAGGACAUUGAUCUCUUACAGAAGCAUGGCAUUAAUGUGGCUGACAUUAAGAAAAUGAAAACUGCUGGGAUCUGUACAGUGAAAGGGAUUCAGAUGACAACGCGAAAGGGACUGUGCAACAUUAAGGGUCUUUCUGAGGCUAAGGUUGAUAAAAUCAAGGAAGCAGCCAACAAACUAAUUGAGCCAGGAUUUCUUACUGCAUUCGAGUAUAGCGAAAAAAGGAAGACAGUGUUUCGCAUCACCACUGGCAGCCAAGAAUUCGAUAAAUUGUUGGGUGGAGGAAUUGAAAGCAUGGCAAUCACAGAAGCAUUUGGUGAAUUUAGAACUGGAAAGACACAGAUGUCACACACUUUCUGUGUGACUGCUCAGCUUCCUGGACCCAGUGGAUACUCUGGAGGAAAGGUGAUUUUCAUUGAUACAGAGAAUACCUUCCGCCCAGAUAGACUACGAGGAAUUGCUGAACGGUUUAAUGUGGAUCCAGAUGCAGUGCUGGAUAAUGUGCUCUAUGCACGUGCCUAUACUAGUGAACACCAAAUGGAAUUACUGGAUUAUGUAGCUGCCAAAUUCCACGAAGAGGGCGGAAUUUUCAAACUCUUGAUCAUAGAUUCAAUCAUGGCGCUUUUCCGAGUUGAUUUCAGUGGCCGUGGUGAGCUUGCAGAACGUCAGCAGAAACUGGCUCAGAUGCUUUCCCGCUUGCAGAAAAUCUCUGAAGAAUACAAUGUGGCCAUAUUUGUUUCCAACCAGAUGACUGCAGAUCCAGGAGCAACCAUGAGUUUCCAAGCAGAUCCAAAGAAACCAAUUGGUGGUCACAUUCUGGCUCAUGCAUCUACAACGAGGAUCAGUCUACGGAAAGGACGGGGUGAACUACGCAUUGCAAAAAUCUAUGAUAGCCCAGAUUUACCAGAGAAUGAAGCCACCUUUGCCAUUACUGCUGGAGGGAUUAAUGAUGCAAAGGAGUGAGACAUCCAGAACAGAGAUGAGCACAGCAUUUUAAGUUUUCUGAGUACUGGUGAAGAGACAGCUGUUUUGAAGUUAUUGUUUAAUUAUUAGAGUGUAGAAACUUAAAAAACGAUAAAUUACUUCAAUUUUAGAAAAGGAUAGCUGUGAAAGUUCCAGAUUUUUUGGAACAAUAUGUUUUGAUAUCAACCUUAUAUUUUAUCUCUAAACUCAAAAAAGAUUAGGCACUCUCAAAAUGUUGGUAAUAAAUCCCAUUGGGAUAGAGGCUAUGACAAUAUUGACAAAUAGGUAGAACUGCUGGUAAGUCUUUAUUGAUUUUGUAUGCAGAGUGGCAAAAUCUGAGUUCAAUGGAAUUGCAUAACGAGGUUUAAUUGAACGAAAACAUGGCAUGAAAUAAAUACACAUAUCUUUUGUGUUUUUAGUGUAGGCAGAGGUGUACAAUGCAACAAAGGAAGAGAUAGUUUGCAAUCUGAUGGGAUUACAAAAUCAAUUUCCAUUCUCUGCACAGACAUAGAAGGGCACAUUUAAUAUUUAUUUGACUAUAUAAAUAUGUAUAGCUUAAUGUUACAGAAAGCACUUACCGGUAAUUCAGGUAUCCCCUUCCUUCAUAAUUUCCGGAUUACCACAUUCUCAGCAGCAAAGCAUGCAACACAGAGGGAAAGCCUUUGUAGUUUCUGCAGUAGAUAGAUAUUGAUAAGCAGCUCGAACUCAAUUGAAUCUUGUAGUGGAGAUUUUCUUAUCAAAUAUCUGUUAAUGCACUCUCUUAAUGUAAUAAAUCUACUCACUAUGCCAAGCUAAUGAUAAACAUGCAGUGUGAAUUCUAUAAAAUGAUGCUUAGCUGAAAGAGAAUUACAUUUUAGAUUCAAAUGAUCAUUAGGAAGUCAUAGAAUUUUGCAGCGUAGAAUGAGUCCUUCAGCCCAAUUCAUCCAUGCCAACCAAGGUUCUAAGCAAGUAGGUGAACAUGAUUUUAAAAUUAGUGAAUGAAAUCUUUCUGAACAAGGACUGCCAACCAGAAUCACCACUCACACUUU